AUGAAUGUCAAUGAAGAGCUCAAAUUGAAUAUAAGGAUUCCCAUGGCUUUCAUGCCGAGAGCGUCGGCGGUGGCGGAAAAACUGUGGAGCAAUUCAUUGGAUACAAGUAAUACAGACAACGCUCAGUUCAGACUGGAUGAGCACCGGUGCCGACUGCUUAGGAGAGGAAUCCCAGCGCAACCCAUACUCAAUGGCUUUUGUGGCGAUUAUGAGUGGAAUACAUAUAGAAGUAAAACUUAUGACAACUACUUCACAAACACUUCCAGCAUUGAAGUGAUGAGAAGAAAAACGUAA